AACAUGUUAUAAUAAAAUAAGUAAUAUAAAUAUCAUAAUGAUUAGCAGCAUUGACUUGUGAUAGACGUAAAAAAUAAGAAAGGUAAUAUUACAAAUAGCAAAUAUUUGCUCAUCAUAAUGAUUAUAACAAAAGUCAUUUAAUUAAAACUUUUAUCAUUUGUUGAUAAAAAUAAUAAACUAAAAGUCAUAACAAAAACAAAAACAUUAUUUUGCCAUAAAAUGUGCGAAACUAACGCCAGUUUGCAUCCGUUCUCAUCGCCAGCCGCCUCCCAGUGCUCGACAUCCAAGUCCACACCCGUCCACUACCCGAACCUACCGGUGCCCUACACGACAAGUACUAUGCCGUCGGCCCCUAUGCCAGUGGGCGGCACCGGACAGGCGGAGAUGCCUACGUCUCAGGUCGAGCUGUCCAUAGCCUGUCGUAACCUCAUAAACGCUGACAUACUGUCCCGGAGUGACCCCCAGGUCAUUGUGUACAUGAAAAAUGACUGGCAGGACAGGUAUUUUGAGCUGGGUAGGACUGAGAUGAUCUUGGACAAUUUGAAUCCCGAUUUCGUGAAGCGUUUUCAAUUGUCGUAUAGCUUUGAAUGCGUACAGAGACUAAAAUUUGAGGUCUGGGAUAUCGAUCCGAAAAUUAAAUUAGGAAGUAUCGAGAUAUACGACACGAACAACGAUUUUUUGGGCCAUUUUGAGACUACGUUAGCGGAGAUCGUGGCCCAUCAGGGCCGCCAGUUCACGGCCCCCCUGUCCGGCGUAAAGGGGCGUAAAAAUUGCGGUCAAAUACUACUAGUGGUGGAAGAGGUGGCCGAAUGUAAACAAGUCAUACACAUGUCGUUCAAAGCGCAGGGACUGAAAAGGACCCGAUUUUGGUCACGACUGGACCCGUUCCUAGUGUUCGGUAGGGCUAACGAGGACAGCACGUGGACAGUCGUCCAUAAGACGGAAUGCCUGCACAAAAACUUUCGUAAUAAUAAGCAGUGGCAGCCUAUCGUACUGCGAGCUAGGACACUUUGCAACGGCGAUUACGACAGGGCUAUCCGUAUAGAGGUGUACGAUGAUCGGUUUAAUGGCCAGCAUAAGUUGGUGGGUAAUUGUUUCACGUCCCUGUCCAGGCUGGUGAAAGGUCCCGGUGCUGAGAACUGCUAUGAUAUAAUAAACCGAAAAAGGGCUCAACGAAGCCAUUCAUACCGUAAUUCCGGGCGAAUAGUGUUAAGCAAUGUAAGAGUGGAAGAGGAGCUCUCGUUCCUGGACUACAUCAGGGGUGGGACUCAACUGCACUUCGCGGUGGCCAUAGACCUCACGGCGUCCAAUGGCGACCCCCGCGACCCCAAUUCAUUGCAUUAUUUCGAUUUUCACGGAAAGCCUAAUUGCUAUGAAAUUGCGUUGAGAGCCGUGGGAGAUAUCAUUGCUGUCUAUAAUAGAAACGGCGUAUACCCAGCGUAUGGGUUCGGUGCCAAAAUCCCGCCCCUAAACACGGUAUCCCAUCAGUUCCCGAUCAACGGGAAUGCCACACAACCCUACUGUUCCGGGAUCGACGAGAUACUACGCCACUACCGGACCACCCUGUCAUCAGUCACCCUAUACGGGCCCACAAACUUCGCCCCCGUCAUCAACAACACGGCAUCCAUUGCCCGUCAGUACCAAACCGGACACAACUAUUUCGUGUUACUUAUCAUAACGGACGGCAUAAUCAGCGACAUGUACGCCACCAAAUCGGCUAUAGUGGCGGCGGCAUCCCUACCCCUGUCCAUCAUUAUCAUCGGCGUAGGGAAUGCCGACUUUGAGGCCAUGGACGAGCUGGACGGGGAUGACGUGCGGGUUAGUGUCGAUGGGAGGUAUGCCGAGCGAGAUAUCGUACAGUUUGUGCCCAUAAACAGGUUUAUAGCGAAAAACGGGCCCAGUAUUAGGUCGCAGGCAGAUUUGGCCAGGGAGGUGUUGUAUGAGAUACCGGAGCAGUUGACGGGGUAUAUGAAAAGUAGAGGCUUUAAGCCGGGUAACGCGAGUAGCGUGGGAUAAUUUUUACCUUGUUAUGUAAUAAUUUUUAUAUGUAUGGUAUUUGCUAUUAAUUAAUAUUAUACUUAUAAUAAAUUUGUGAUAAUUUCAUGUGUCAAAUUAUAGUUGUUUUUACUAAACUGUUCUAAUAUAUUAU